AUGGCAUGCUCUACAGAUUGGGCAGAUUGGAAGGAUGUGAUCCAAAAUAGUAUCACCCGUAAUCUAAAUUCUCUCCGCGGAUAUAAAUACUCGAAACUUCGUGAGGACAUGAUUGAAAGUGUUAUCGAGCGUGCUCAACAUGCUUUUUCCGGCGAAUGUAAUGUGGUAUAUCUUCGGAGAAUCGCAUUCGUUUAUGAUGAUAAUAGAUUAACGCAAGAAGAAAAAGAUGAUGCUAUAUUGAGUUUGACAAUGAUUAAAGACCGAUAUAAUUUAUUGUAUGGAAAAGAUGUCACGUAUAGGUGUGAUAUAUGUGAUAGGUCAGGAUAUAUGAUAGUUUGGUGUCAACAUUGCGUCGUGGAUUUUCUACAGGAUGAAGCAACUAAAUGGACAUCAAUGGACAAGCAUAUAGACCGUCAAAUUCUUCUUGCUCAAACGAGAGCACCGAUACCUGAAGCUAUUCCCGAGUGGAUCCCUUACGAAUUAUUAAGAAAUGUCGAUUAUCUAACUCAAGGUGGAUACGCUUCCGUUUAUACUGCAACAUAUAUGAGAGGACUGUAUACUAGAUGGAUGAAAACGACGAAAACGUUGUCACGAGGAUUGACACACUUUAAGGUUGUUCUGAAGAAGUUGAAUUGGAACCAACCAGAAAAUGAUUUCAAGAAUGAGCUUGAAAAGCACCUCUAUGUAUCCAGUGUUUGUAAUGCGAUAGUGCGUUGUUAUGGUGUCACACGUGAUCCCGUUACUAAAGAUUAUAUGCUGGUGUUAAAUCGGAUGAAAUGCGAUUUGCGUGAAUAUAUUGGUAGUUAUCACUCAAUAAUUACAUGGUCAGAUAUAAACCAUAUGUGUAAGAACAUCGUUUCCGGGCUUUUCUACCUUCACAAGGAGGGACUGGUGCAUCGUGAUCUGCAUCCUGGCAAUAUCCUACGAGGAAGGAUUGAUAAUAAUUGGUAUAUUGCAGAUCUCGGGUUUACUGGACCUCCAGACCAUACCAAUACAACAAAUAACAUUGUUGGAAAUCUUUCGUAUAUUGCCCCUGAAAUUUUAACUAAAAAAGAGUAUUCGGCAAAAUCAGACAUUUAUGCUUUUGGGAUGGUGUUAUAUUAUGCGACAACUUUUAAACCACCAUUCGCAGGGCAAGUACAUGAUAAAGCCUUGCAACUUGAAAUCUUUAGAGGAACUCGCCCAAUAUUGUCGGAUGUAAUUCCAAGAGCAUUCACGGAAAUAAUACGACGCUGCUGGGACGCAGAUCCUAAUAAAAGACCCAAAGCAGGUGGCAUUGCUAAUUUUUUUUCUAAAAUUAAAAUAAAAGGCGGUUUUGUACCUCAAAAUGCUACUACAGAAGUGGGCAGUGAGAUUUCUACUAUAACUAGUGGGAUUUCAACUACAAAAUUAGCGCCUUUAUAUGACACAGGUGAUUCCUCAGGUGCUUCUUGUGCUAUCAAUUUUUCGAUUGAUAUAUGA